CAAGCAGACUCGGUCAAAACUAGACAAAAUAGAAACACUUUUUGAAGACUUGAAGGUGAGAUAUCACUUCAUCACUAGCCUUUAAAGGGGUGCCAAAAAUGCUUCCUUAGCUGGAAAUGAACAGGUUUCUUAGGACCCUACCCUUCAUCUCUAGUUAUUGCACCUUACAAAUAACAAGCUCAGCCUGUCCCUCAGACCUCAGUUCUCUGUCCCUCAAUCUCAUUCAAUCUCUCUCUCUCGAACUGGACCAAGUAACAUUCUGUUCUAGUAGGUGAAGUGGAAAGGAGUAUGGGUUUUUCGAGUUCUCUCUUGGGUUAUUCCUUCCUUGUUCUUGUUCUGGUGGUCUCUGUGGUUCAUGGGCAACCUCUUGUUCCUGCAUUAUGCAUCUUUGGAGACUCUGUCGUUGAUGUGGGAAACAACAACAAUCUCUACACUCUGGUGAAGGCGAACUUCCCUCCUUAUGGAAGGGACUUCACAAAACACAGACCAACUGGCAGGUUCUGUAAUGGAAAGCUAGCCUCUGAUUUCACUGCUGAAAAUCUUGGCUUCACUACGUAUCCACCUGCUUACCUUAGCCCAGAAGCCCGUGGGAACAACCUCUUAAUUGGAGCGAACUUUGCAUCAGCUUCUUCUGGUUAUUAUGAUAGAACAGCUCAGUUAUAUGACGCCAUUCCAUUGACCCAACAGCUAGAGUACUACAAGGAAUACCAAAAGAAAGUAGCAAACAUUGCAGGGAAGUCCAAUGCUUCCUCCAUUUUUUCUGGUGCUAUCUACCUAGUUAGUGCUGGGAGCAGCGACUUUGUUCAGAACUACUACAUUAAUCCUCUUCUCUACAAAGUCUACACGCCCGAUCAGUUCUCAGACUUACUCAUGCAAUACUUCUCUUCAUUCAUUCAGAAUCUAUAUGGGUUGGGAGCGAGGAAGAUCGGAGUGACGACGCUGCCACCGGUCGGAUGCUUGCCGGCAACAAUCACUCUCUUCGGCGCCGGGAGCAACAGGUGUGUGGCGAGGUWAAACAGAGACGCUGUGUCAUUCAAUAACAAGCUAAACGCCACAGCUCAAGGCUUGCAGAAGAGGCUCUCAGGUCUCAACCUCGUCGUCUUUGACAUCUACCAACCUCUCUUAGACAUAAUCAACAAGCCUGCUGAUAAUGGAUUCUUCGAGGCAAGAAAAGCUUGUUGCGGGACCGGGACGAUAGAGACAUCACUGCUCUGCAACUCUCAAUCAAUUGGGACAUGUAUAAAUGCCACAGAAUAUGUGUUUUGGGAUGGAUUCCAUCCAACUGAGGCCGCAAACAAGAUCUUGGCCGAUGAUCUUUUACUCCAGGGCAUCUCUCUUAUAUCAUAAGCAAAAAACCAAUCACAUUUAAGGAUUUCUUUGCUCACUCUUAGAGAUACAUGACUACAUAAACGUCAUUUGGGUGUUGUCAGAUAAAUAUAGAGGUUUUGACUUGGUUGGUGAUUUAGUUGUUGAGAGUUUAGUUGUCUCAUGAUGUCA